AUGUCAAGAAUUCCGGCAAUAAGGACAAAGGUUCCGACGCUGGACAACUUUAAUUCAAGGUGUUCAAUGUCGAAUGCUGAUGUCUUAAAUCACAUUAUACCUGAUGAAGAAGUUGAGGAAGACAUUUCAGCUGCGGCUUCUUCAGAUUGUUCAGUCUCGAUUGUUCACCUCAAAUCUGAUAUUCUUGAGAGUGAAGCAUUGAACUUACUGGGGGAGGGGACUUAUGUAGACACUCUUUUGACGACAUUGCCAGUCUUAUCAGAGGAAGAGCAGAAUGCCAUUGCUGCCACUCCGGCCCAUCCGGCUGGCUUGUAUGGUGAGAGCACUCUCCUUCGUCUAAAACACCGCGGGGAUCUAGUCUUAUAUAUGAUGAUAAUGUGGAUGUUGAACUUCUCAAAAAACAAAAUUUCAAGAAACUAA